GAUGCACUUCAAAGUUUAGGAGAAUUAAGUAACGCAAUGGGAGUUAUAGGAAUGGAUGGAGAAUUAGACGGAAAGAAACCAAAUUUUGUGACACCUGGUCAAACGUAUCGAAUUGUGGCGGGCGCAACGGUCGUUCUACCGUGUCGAGUAACAGAAACAGGAAACUACAUAUUAGUGUGGAAACGUGGUAUUGCAGUAUUGACCGCUGGUCCAAUGAAAGUAACUCCUGAUCCUCGUGUACGUUUGUUAAGUACACCACAGCAAUCAUCACCGAUACAUGGUUUAUCGGGUGGUGGUUAUAGUUUAGAAUUAAAGGAUGUACGUCCACAAGAUGCUGGUGAUUAUGUUUGUCAAAUUGGUACAUUAGAACCAAUUGAAAUCACACAUACCAAUAAAAUGCCACGACGUCGUACGGUGACGGGUCGUAAAGAGCGUGAUCGUAAUCGAUCAUUAAUGCGUGAUCGUCGGACACGACGAAAACUAGAUCAAAAAGAACUAUAUCUUUAUCGAGAUGAUAUAAAUUUUAAAAUCCGCGAUAUCAGUUUUGCGAUAGCUAUCACUUAUAUUCCUAAUCCCGGGACCAGGACUCCAAAUUCUUAUGAACCUAGUGAACCACUGAAAAUGUUUGCAGAAAAAGGUAUCGAAGUUUGGAGGGAAGAUUAG